CGCCCUUUGGGGAGCUUGGAGAUGGCGGCAGCCGGGGAUGCUUCGCGGGAGCCGGCGGCCUCGGAGCCGCCGGCGGAGCUGCCUGCCUCGGUGCGGGCGAGCAUCGAGCGGAAGCGGCAGCGGGCGCUGAUGUUGCGCCAGGCCCGGCUGGCGGCCCGGCCCUACCCGGCGACGGCGGCUGGGGCUACCGGAGGUAUGGCUAAUGUAAAAGCAGCCCCAAAGAUCAUUGACACAGGAGGAGGCUUCAUUCUGGAAGAGGAAGAAGAAGAACAACAUACAAUUGGAAAAGUUGUCCAUCAACCAGGACCUGUUCUGGAAUUUGAUUAUGCAGUAUGUGAAGAAUGUGGUAAAGAAUUUAUGGAUUCUUACCUUAUGAGCCACUUUGAUCAGGCAACUUGUGAUAACUGCAGAGAUGCUGAUGAUAAACACAAGCUCAUAACUAAAACAGAAGCCAAACAAGAAUACCUUCUGAAAGACUGUGAUUUAGAAAAAAGAGAACCAGCUCUUAAAUUUAUUGUGAAGAAGAAUCCUCAUCAUUCACAAUGGGGUGAUAUGAAACUCUACUUAAAAUUACAGAUUGUGAAGAGGUCUCUUGAAGUUUGGGGUAGUCAGGAAGCAUUAGAAGAAGCAAAGGAAGCUCGACAGGAAAACCGAGAGAAAAUGAAACAGAAGAAGUUUGAUAAGAAAGUAAAAGAAUUACGGCGAGCAGUAAGAAGCAGCGUGUGGAGAAGGGAAACAGUUGCUCAUCAACAUGAGUAUGGACCAGAAGAAAACCUGGAGGAUGACAUGUAUCGGAAGACUUGUACUGUGUGUGGCCAUGAGCUGACAUAUGAGAAGAUGUGACUAGUUAAGUGUCAAGUAUUCACAGAUGAAUGAACACUCGUGUAAAUAAUGCUUCAGGAAGAAAUGUGUAUGUUACGGCUUAAGAGCAAGUUUCAGUUAGAGUCCAGCAGGUCUGGUUGUGGGCAAAAUACUGGGUCUGGGAUUGCUUUUCUCUACAACAGGGAUGGGAGCUGAGGGGUGGAAUAGGUUCAAAAGUUAGGUUAGAGCUAAAACUGAGAAAUAAACCAAACCAAACCCUAGAUUGGAAUAGGAGGAAGAGCUUUUAGUAAGGGCAGAAGCAGCUGAAGCAGAUUCUUCUCCCAGCAAACAAGGGACAGUAGUAGAUCCUGCACCCCGGAGGCUCGCCGGGUCUUCUAGAUGCUGUCUCCACGUGAGGGAGUGGAGAGCUGCUGUUGGACAAGGCCUGACUGGACAGCAGGAAUUGAGUCGUGGCAGUCUGAUCAUGUUUUCUGUAUCCUUACAGUUUACUACCAUAGGCCCUAAGGUCCGUGUCUAGAUAGCCCUUUUCAAAUAUGGAUUAAAGUGGAAAAACAGCCAUAUUGUCUUAUUGAUCAAAAAAGGUACUAAGUUUAUCCUAACUUGUUAACAUUUUACAGAGCACUUACGAUGGAUCAGGCAGGUGUGAUGCGAAAUGGCUUACAGGUAUUCUCAUUUAAUCCUGGGAGGGAGGAGAACUUCUGUGUUUACUUAGCACUUUUAAAGGAUGUGAUAACCUACAACCCGACAUCACCCCAGGCAUCUGGAUCAAGUUUAGCUAGUCAGUUUUGCCCAUCUUGCCAGAAAGAUCACAAGGUAGUUGGAGCUAGUAGGAGGAUUUGUGCUUGACUACAGGGUCUGUGCAUUUUUUUUUUUUUUUUUUUUAAACAAAACCUGUUCAAGUUAAGAUAAACUGGGUAUUUUCAA